AUUCCAUUUAAGUUAACGUAUAAAGUCACCUGACUUCGCGGGAUUUCGCGACAGCCAGACAAUGAAUGCGUCACCCCGCCGUGCCCGUCAUCCAGGCACCACCUGCCUUCCCGGAGUGCAUUUUUUGCCUCUUACUAAAUAAAAGUCGACAAAGAACUACGAGUUCUUCAAAAAUUUAAAUCUUUCUUCGCAACCUCGUCAACCACUCUACGUUUCUAACUUGCUUCCCUUUGCUCUUUCUUCUUUCAUGACAUCAUUCCGGAAUCUUUCAUCAUGACCGCUGACGGCGAGGAUUCCGGGGCAACCUCGAGCGCCAAUCAGACCCUCCAGGCAGAGCAUGAUCACGACAAAACUGCCUCGUCUCCCAAUCCGAACGAAAAGGGAAACAACCCCACCGACGAAGAAUCUGCGCUCAAAGAUCUGACUGAAAAUGUCCGAGACCAAGAUGAACUCGAGAGAGAUAUCACCUUCCAGGCGAACCUGGCCCUGAUCGAUGCAGAAGACAAGAAGGAUCAGAAGCGCAUCGAGAAAGUAGAGCUCACCAAGACGAGACUCGAUAACCAGAGACGAACCUUACACCAGAAGCUACAAAGCUCAAUUGGCAACCUGAUAGCGCAGCAACGUAUCCGACAAGAGAUCGCCCGCCUCGACUCCGAGAUACAAAUAUGCGACAAAGACAUCUCCGACUUCAAAGAACGGAUCGAGCAGCGGCACCAGGAAGAUGCAUCUGAGGAACGUGGGCCUGGCACGGGCGGGAAGAGACUCCCGAAUGAAACCCAGCGGGAAUACCUCAUCCGAACUGGCAAGAUCACUCCGUUCUCCAAGGUCGGUGGGCCUCGUCCAGAGGGCCUGGAGGGGGAUCUCGCAGAUGUGAUCCUCGAUGCGGAGGAUGAAGCUGUGGCCGAUGAGCUGGAAGAGCAGGUCAGCUAUGAGCCGCGCUCGCAUCAGAACCUCCGGCUUCCGGGUUUUGCUGAAGAGCCUGAAUCCGGGCCGUCGGUGGUCGAGGACGAAUUCUCUCUGCGGCCACGAAAGAAACGCAAGGUCCAAGCCGAGGCAGUCUCGUCUGAUGAGUUCACGCCCAGCGCUGCCGCUUCGGAGGCGGAAACUCCCGAACCAUUCAAGUUUGGUGAUGAGGAGAGUGAUGAUGUCGACCUAACUGAUCUGACUCGCAAACCCCCCCGCAAGAAAGUUGCAAGGGGCGAAGGCAAAGUCGACCUGAGCAGAAUCGACGAUGGAAACGAGGACGUCUACCAGACGAGGCUUCAGGACUGGGUGGAUCGAAGAAGUCGUGCUCGAAGACGCCGCCAGGAAAAUUCUGGCCAACUUAUCGAGCUCGACACUGGCGAGGAAGAGUGGUUCAAACCCUCUCCCGACCAGCCGGACCACAAGUUCGAGAAUGGCCUCAAGUUACCCGGUGACAUUUAUCCCUCGCUAUUCGACUACCAGAAAACAGGCGUGCAGUGGCUUGCAGAACUAUAUGCUCAGGAAGUUGGUGGCAUUAUUGGAGAUGAGAUGGGGCUUGGCAAGACAGUCCAACUUAUUUCCUUUGUUGCCGCCUUGCACUAUAGCAAGAUGCUUGACAAACCGGUGAUAGUGGUCGCACCAGCUACGGUCCUUCAACAGUGGGUCAACGAAUUCCAUCGCUGGUGGCCCCCUCUGCGAGUGUCUAUCUUGCAUUCCUCGGGUAGCGGGAUGUUGAACGUGCGGAACGAAGGCCAUCUUGAAGAGCACGAAGACGAUUGGGGGGGCAUUCGCAGACCUACAAAGUCCAACAAGGCAGCGGAGAAGAUCGUCGACCGAGUGGUGAAACACGGUCACGUCUUGGUGACCACAUACGCAGGGUUACAGACGUAUAGCGACGUCUUAAUCCCGGUCGACUGGGGUUACGCUGUUCUGGACGAGGGUCACAAGAUCCGAAGUCCCAACACCACCAUCACCGUCAAUUGCAAAGAGCUCAGGACCGUGCAUCGAAUCAUCCUAUCUGGAACCCCGAUGCAGAACAACCUGACCGAGCUCUGGUCCCUAUUCGACUUCGUAUACCCGAUGCGGCUAGGGACCCUGGUCAGCUUCCGCAAUCAAUUCGAGAUACCCAUCAAGAUUGGCGGCUAUGGCAAUGCAACAAAUCUCCAGGUCAUGACGGCGCAGAAAUGUGCAGAGACCCUGAAGGACGCAAUCAGCCCGUAUCUCCUCCAGCGCUUCAAGGCGGACGUAGCUGCAGACCUGCCUAAGAAGAGCGAGCAGGUUCUGUUCUGCAAGCUGACCCAGCCACAGCGGACGGCGUAUGAGUCGUUCCUGAAAUCAGAUGAGAUGGCGGCAAUUCUGGCAAGGACGCGGCAGUCCCUCUACGGCAUCGACAUCCUCCGCAAGAUAUGCAACCAUCCGGACCUGCUUGACACUCGACUGAAGACCAUGCCGGGCUACAAGUGGGGAAGUGCCAAUAAAUCCGGCAAGAUGCAGGUUGUCAAAGCUCUGCUGCAAAUGUGGAAGCGGCUGGGACAUAAAACCUUGCUCUUCAGCCAAGGCACCCAGAUGCUGGAUGUCCUGGAGGAGUUCGUCAAGCGCCAGGAUGGCAUCCGGUACCUUCGGAUGGACGGUAAGACACCGAUCAAGGAGCGCCAGGCACGCGUUGACCAGUUCAACAACACCCCAGAGAUUGACCUCUUCCUGCUGACUACCAAAGUUGGGGGGUUGGGUGUAAAUCUCACGGGGGCAAACCGAGUCAUCAUCUUCGAUCCCGACUGGAAUCCGUCCAAUGACGUGCAAGCCCGCGAGAGAGCUUGGCGCCUGGGACAGAAGAAGGAAGUGACAAUCUACCGGCUCAUGACUGCCGGCACCAUCGAAGAGAAGAUCUACCACCGCCAGAUCUUCAAGCAGUUCCUGUCAAACAAGGUGUUGAAAGAUCCAAAACAGCGAACUACCUUCCGACUUAAGGAUCUGCAUGACCUCUUCACACUCAGCUCGUAUGAAGAAGGCAGGACCGAGACCAGCGAGCUAUUCAAGGGCAGCGAGGUGAAACUCAACAAGCCAUCGGGGCCGGAGGAAAUGAUUCUACCGGACAGAGACAUGGGUCCCCUUCGAAAACCUCAGAAUUCAGCUUCCAAGACGGUGGAGCCUGCUGCCAAGCUCGAGAGCGCUGCCGAUGGCGAUGAGGGGCUCAAAGGCAUCGAGGGUGUCGCGGGGCUCGAGGUCUACAGGGGUGAGGCCGAGGCACAACCGAGCGAGGAGGACCGUCUCAUGGAAGGCAUCUUUGCCAGCUCGGGGAUACACAGCGCGCUGGAGCACGACGAGAUCAUGAGCGGCAAGAAGACGGUCAAGGCAGACCGUGCAAUGCUGCAGCAGGAGGCGAACCGGGUCGCGAGGUUGGCCGCUGCGCACCUCCGCCGGGCGGGAGAGCAGGCCCAGAACGUGCCCAUCGGCACCGUCACCUGGACCGGCGAGGUGGGCGAAGCUGGCCGCCCGAGCAACAUCCGCCGCGGACGAGGCGGUCCCAGCUCGUCCGGUGUCCUGGCCGGCAUCGCCACUCGGCAGGGCCUUGAUGAUGGGAGCCCGGGGAGCUCGAGAUCGGCCACGCCGAGCGGCUCGGGGAGACAGCAGGCUGCCAGGUCGGAUGACUUUGUGCAGAUGAUACCCGCCUACAUCAAGAGGCACGGCGGCCAGGUCCCGUCCAAGCUGCUCGUGGACCACUUCAACCACUACUGCACGAAUGCCCGACAGGCUAACCUGUUCAAGGUUGCUCUGGAGAAGGUGGCAAAGAUGGAGAAGCGCGGAUCGAGUGGACGGGCGAUCUGGUCCCUGAAGCCGGCUUACCAGUAAUGACAAUGACGAGUUGGUGAGAAGGCGAAGAUUCCACCGGGGUGUCUUUGCGAAGUUCUUGUGAUGUAUACCAGAUACUAUGACAUGACGUCGCCCAUGACAGGCGUUGGGUUGCUUCCCUGGUUUCAGCAUAGCGUUGCAUUUGGGCGGUAAGGCCCAUCGCGGGUCCAACAGAGAUAUUGAACGGAGAUAUGAUGAAGAAACCAGGUAGGCAUGACUUAAAAAGAGAUAUCCAUUAACACACUCAUAUCAUAGAAUCAAUUUAAUCGUUAAAUUGACAAGCAAGUAAUGUGUCAGUGAUAAUCGACUAGUUGACUACAAGCAGAAAAGUAAAAAAGAACGGCUCAGUGUGGCUGGCCAUUGACAUCCUUCCAUCAUGCAGUCAUUCCGC